AUGAAGGUCCAGAGAGAGAAAAGAUUUGCACUACUAAUGGCAGCAAGGGAUUCAGAUUACGUGAAGAAAGUGUAUGGUGGAUAUUUCAAUGUAUUUGUUGAAGCAUUAGCAGGUGAAGGAGAGAAAUGGGACUUGUUUCGUGUAGUCGAGGGAGAAUUUCCUGACAUGGAUAAUCUUCAAAACUAUGAAGGAUUUGUGAUCAGUGGAAGCCCUUAUGAUGCUCAUGGGGAUGAAUAUUGGAUUCUUGAACUUUGCUUUCUUUUACAAACAUUAUUUACCGUGCAAAAGAAAGUUCUUGGGAUUUGUUUCGGCCAUCAGGUUUUGUGUAGAGCUUUGGGAGGAAAAGUUGGGAAAGCAUAUAGUGAUUGGGAUAUUGGAAUAAGAAAGAAAUCCCUCCCACUCUUUGAAUCAUUGAGUGCCAUCAAGAUGAGGUCUGUGAACUGCCUGUGGGAGCACAAGUUCUUGCAUAUUCUGAUAAAACAGGAGUAG